AUGGCGUGGCACGCUCGGUCAUCGUGCGACCCGUCUCCCGCGGCGUGGACCACCGGCAGCGACGCGACCGGCCUUGUGACCGGCGGGCCGCGCAUGGCGCUCGAAGAGGGCGAGGGCGACGAGGGGGAGGAGAUAGCGGACGGGUGGGCGCUGGGGGACGGCGGCUGGGGGGAUGAGGAGGCGCAGGGGGAGGCGGACGUCGAGGAGCGCGCGGAGGGCAGGAGCCUGGCGAAGGAGGGCGCGGAGGAGGAAAGCGCGGCGGAAGAGAUGGAGGGAGAGAUGGCAGAGGGUGAGGGGGAAGGGGAGGAGGAGGAAGAGGGGCGCAUGCUGGCUGAGGGCGACUGGGAGGAGGAAAGCGAGGCGAGCGAGGUGGGAGAGGAGGAGGAGGAGAGCGAGGAAAGCGAGGAGGGCGAGGAGGGAAGGAUGCUUGCAGAGGGAGAGGAGGAGGAGGAUGAGGAGGUGGACGAUGGAGAGGAGGAGGAGGAGGAGGAGGAGGAGGAGGAGGAGGAGGAGGAGGAGGAGGAGAUUGAGGGAGCGGAAGGCAGGAUGCUGGUGGAGAGCGGAGACGUGGAGGAAGAGGAAGAGGCGGAGGGCGGGGAGAUGGCAGGUGAGGAGGUGGAUGAGGAGGAAGAGGGCAGAGUGCUGGCGGAAGUGGAGGACGAAGAUGAGGAGAUGGAGGGCGAGGAUGUGGAGGAGGCGGAGGAGGCGGAGGAGGAGGGGAGAGCUCUUGUGGAGGACAGCGAGAGCGAGGAGGAAGCAGGUGGAAUGGAUGGUGAUGCGGACGAGGGGGGUGAUGAGGCUGACGGACUUGAGAUGCCCAGGGAGCUUCAGGAGGAGGAGGAGGGGAUGGAGAGUGACGAGGAGGAGGAGGUUGAGGAUGAAGAGGGGGAUGAGGAGGAAGGGAUUGAGUUUCCACGUAAGCUGGCUGACGAGGACGAGAAGAAGGGCGAGGAGAAGGGGGAGAAGAAGAAGGAGGAGAAGAAGAGCGAGGAGAAGGGGGAGAAGAAGGAGGAGAAGAAGGAGGAGAAGAAGAAGGAGGAGAAGAAGCCGGGGGUGCUGAAGAGGACGGCGAAUGCGAUCAAGAGCUUCUUCAGGAACAUUCGUGAUCGCAUCACUGGCAAGAACAAGAAGCCCGACAACAGCCCCCGCAAGGCAGGCCCCUCCGAUGCCAAGGAUGCCAAGGCCUAG